AUGGAGACAGAGCAAAAGUUAGAUACGCUCCAAUCUCAAUUUCCAGAAGUUGAUAAGGAUGUGCUGCUGGAGCUCCUGAUCACUUUUGACGGCUCUGUUGAACAGACAAAGCUGAUGCUCGAGGAGCAAUUUGGGCCCCGGGAGAUCAAGCAAGAGAUCAAGGGGGAAUCUCCAACUGGAAAGCGAAAGGCGAACGACGAACCUUGCGUUUUGACAAAGAAGAAGGCCAUUUCUCAAAGACAGACAUCUUUCAAGGUGUCGAAGGCUAGUGCUAACAUUUCCACCACUCUAUAUGAUAAAGAGCAGAUAGAGACGAUGGUUCCGUAUCUGAGAUUCUAUCCCAACUUUCUGCCAGAAAGUCUUGCAGACGACCUCCUGGAUGAACUUCUGUCGAAAAGAGCCAAGUUCAAAGACAAAAUGUUCCACAUUGCUGGUAACGAAUGCCAUUCAAACCACCAAUCGACGGUGUUCUACGACGGCGACAUACCCGAACAGCGAUACGACAACGGAUUAUACCGUAACUCAAAAUGCAUGGCUCAAUCGUUCACAGGAAAUAUACGAACAGCCAAGUUCCUGAUUGAAGACCAGGCAAACGAAGUGCUUGCAACCACCAAGAGACACCCGCUUCAGGUACAGUCCGAGUGGCGCGCAUCCAUGUGCGUGGGAAACUAUUUUCAUACGAACAAGAACAACCUCGACUGGCACUCAGACCGUCUAACCACCAUUGGGCCCUUGCCGUUGAUCUGUUCGCUAACUUUAGGGGCGACCCGAAUAUUCAGAAUUAGAAAGCAGUAUGGUGAAAGUCCGAUCUACAACAUCCCGCUUCCUCACAAUUCCUUGUUGCUAAUGCUUCCAGGCACACAGGAAGAGUUCAAACACUGUGUUCCAUCGUUGGCGAACUCGCUUCUGGCCAAGCAUCCUAGAGCCAACGAGACCAGAAUCAACCUCACUCUCCGCAUGAGUCGGCCUCACCUGCUCAGCAACACGCCGUCUUGCGCAGUAUGCAGGUCUGCUAUGACUUUGCGACGCAUGUACAAAAAACCAGCCUCCAGAGGGUACUAUUUCUGGCUUUGCGACGGAGGCUACCGUUCGGGCAAGGAAUGUCCAGGUUUCUAUUUUGCCGACCUAUCCCAGAUCGAAAAGCCGCGCGCAAAGCUGUACACGCGCGAUGUAAAACAGGCCACUCGGUGGCUGGCGGAGGACGACCACGAGGCAAGAAUAGCUACAGAGUUUCACAUGGAAGAUGUCAAAGAUUAG